AUGCCCGAGUGUCCAAAAUGUCAGAAAGAGGUAUAUUUUGCCGAAAGGAAAACAUCAAUAGGCAAGGACUGGCACCCUGGCUGUUUGAAGUGUGGCAAAUGUGGCAAGACAUUAACACCUGGAAGCCAUUCUGAGCACGAAGGGACACCUUAUUGCACCAAGCCCUGUGGUACAUCGGGCGAGAAAGCAAACUAUGAGAAGUAA